GCACAUUAGAAUAAACAUUUACAAUUACAAUUAAAAAAAAAGAUAAAUAGUAUAAAAAAGUAAUUUUACCUGAAUUUUAAUAUUUAUAUUUUCCCGCGUCGUUUUGUUGACAAAAAUUUAUAAUAAAAAAUGUGUAAAUACAUAUUAUAGUAAUUUUAUAAUCGAAAUGAAUAUUCUGGGGAUUCGCAAUAAAUUAAUAUGAUUAUUUAUAGUAAAAAAAUUUUUUCGUUAAUUGUUGAUGAAGAAAAUAUUUAAUGAAAUGUGAUCAAAUAAGAAAGUUGCUAUUAAUUGGCCAGAGAGGCCCUCACUUUUAAUCCAAAAAAUUGACCUCAACAAUGAGGAUUAUUUUUUUGAUCCUUUGUCUGUCAAUUGGAGCUUCAAUAAAUUCAAUACAUGGACAUACAUGUCCAGCUCCAUGUGAUUGUAAACAUGUUGGACCACAAGCAGAACGACUUAAAGUUAAAUGUAACAAAGGAUCUGACAUACAAGACAUAAAGGAUAUAAAUAUUGAUGUUGUCAGUAUUGAAUUAUAUCAUCUUGAUUUGAGUAAAAAUAAUAUAAAUUUUAUCAGUAAUGGAAUUUUUAAAAAUUUAACAAAUUUGAAACGUCUUGAUUUGUCAGCAAAUAAAAUAAUUAAUUUAAAUGAGGGCUCAUUUGAUGGUUUGGAAAAUUUAGAACGUUUGGAUUUAAGUAAAAAUGAAAUUUCUUCAAUUGACCCAUUGGCUUUUAGACCAUUAACUGGUUUAAAAAAACUUGAUUUGUCAUUUAACAAAUUAAGCACGUUGGACUCGACUUUGUUUCAUGAUUUAACGUCAAUAGAACGCUUGAAACUCAAUAAUAAUGCACUAAAAACAUUAACAGAAGGGACAUUUUACGGUUUAAAAUCAUUAAGACAAUUAGAUUUAUCAAAUAAUCCAUGGGAAUGCGAUUGUUAUCUUUAUUGGCUGAGUAAUUGGAAAAACACAUCAGUAUUUAAAUUAAAUCCUGUGCCAACAUGUAAUUCACCCGGUAAUUUUCACGGUAAACCAAUACCUGAUCUCAAAUACUCAAAUGAUUUUCAAUGUGACUGGAUAUCGCCGACCCUUGAGAUAUUUCCCUCACAAAAUCAGGUUGUAUUUUCUGGUGACUCAAUUUCUCUUAAAUGUUCAGCCCCGAGUAUAACAGACGAUCGUACAGCAAAAUUACUCUGGCAAUGGACACCAAGUUUACUAACUCUGACUCCUCUCGCAGAUCCAGUGGAUACGUUGUCUAAUAUUAAAGUUGACAAUCGUUAUUUGGCUGACAGUGGAAUAAUUGACAGUUCAUUGAGUAUCUUUCCGGUAACAAAAGAACACAAUGGUCAGUGGAAUUGUUUUUUAAUAUCAAUAUACGGCAACAAAUCAAAAGCAAUUAAUAUAAUUGUUAUUUCAAAUGAUACACGUUACUGUCCACUUGCAAUAACACGAACUAAUAAAGGUGUGUAUGCUUGGCCCAGGACAAUAGUAGGCUGGAAAGUUGAGCUUCCAUGUGAGGGAAUAAGUUUAUCCAGUUUGAUAUCAUUAUCUCGUGCUACAUAUCAAUGUAACUCAACAGGCCAUUGGACAAACUUAGACACUGAAUCAUGUCCUUUUAUUUCUCCUGUUACUCGUGCACUUCAGCAGUACGCCAAUAUGAAUCUUUCUUUGGCCGACAAUCUCAUGGAGACCUUUAAGAGAUUUGCAAAUUACACUCAUCCCUAUCAAUUGGCUGAUCCUAUUGAUCUGGAUUUUAUUGCGAAAACCCUAGAAAAUUAUUUAAACUUCCUUACUCAUGACAAAGAUCUUCCAUUAUUUAUAAUAGCUGCUAUCACAUCACUACUAAAAUGUCAAAAAGAUUUGAUUCAACGCGCGGAAGUAGAUUACAAAGCUGCAAGUCGUCUGAUAUCAAUUGUAGAAUCAGUGACAAAAGCUACACCAGCUUUACAGAUUCACGAAAAAACUCUUGCGUUAGAAGAAUUUCGUGUAAAUACAGAGAGUUUUGUUGGGUUAUCGUGUACCUGGUAUUCUAGUACUCUUCCAGAAGAUUUAGACACCCGGUUCUUACAUUGUGCUACUAGUAAUCGAACGGCUAUUCUUAAUAUUAAGGAUAAAGUUAUUGAGGCGUCAAUUCGAUUACCAUCAUCACUUCUUUCUCAACAGCAGCAUCUUGAACAAGAUAUGUCACUGAUGGUGAGCAUGUACAGUGAUAGUCGUCUUUUUCCAUCACCCGCAACCAGAGUCGUAAACUCUGCGGUUAUUGGCAGCCGGGUAAUUGAUCUAGAUGUAAAUUUAACAGAACCGGUAAUCGUUAUGUUAAAAUCAUCACAUUCACAUCCAAUUCCUGUGAUAUGGAGCUCUGAGAUAUCAGUAAAUGGUUCGCGUUGGACACGUGAAGGUUGUCAUUUUGCAAACUUUAUUAACAAUCUAGUUGUUUUCCAUUGCAAUCGUCUGGGUUACUACGGAUUACUGGAAGAUUUAUCAUACCGUUCGGCAACAAAUAAAACUGGAGCACUUUUCCGUUAUUCACAUCCAGCAAUUUAUGUGGGAACAUUUGUACUUAUCGUAUGUCUUACAAGCACAUCAGUGACAUACAUAAUUUGCUAUGCAUCUAUUUCCAUGCCUAAACGUGCUAAGCAUAGUGUCAUAAAUACCUGGAUCUCUAUAACACUUUUGAGUUUUCUUUAUACAAUUGGAAUUCAGCAAACUGAAAAUGUUGAAAUAUGUCAAAGUGUUGGACUAAUUUUACACUACCUGUCAUUAUGUUCAUUACUAUGGAUGGCCGUUAGCGCAAGUAAUAUGUACAAGAGACUGGCUAAAAAUACCCAAGAACUUGUCUCUGAUGAUGAGAUUCCUGAGCAACCAAUUCAGAAACCUCUUUUAGGUCUUUAUCUAGUAGGCUGGGGUAUUGCCUUGAUAGUCUGUGGUAUCAGUGGUGCUGUAAAUUUACGUGAAUAUGCUGGCUACUCUUAUUGUUUUCUUACAAAAGCACCAGCACUCUCUGCACUCUUUGUACCAGCAGUAAUUUUGAUAAUCUAUCUCUUGAUAUUUUAUUUGCUAGUGCGAUGUACGAUUCGUAGUGUUGACCACAAUGGUCAGUUGAGUGAAGGAACUCAGGCUACGGAAAAUAUGGAUUUAGAAUUAUUGGAACCUCAUGAAAAUCGUGAUCAAGCAAGUAUGAGUGUCACAGUAUCAUCUGAAAUUGAUGAUUUGGAGUAUUCACAAAUAACUCAAUUAAAAGGUCACAUUAUUCUUUUAAUUCUCUAUAUAUUAACUUGGAUAUCAGCUGCUGCUUCAACUAUUUCUCAGGUAUUUAUUCAUUUUCCAUACGCCGAGACAAUUUUUUCCAUUGGCUACGCGCUGUCUUCCUCAGCUCUCGGCUGUUUUGUUCUUCUAUUUUACGGACUUGCACGUAAUGAUGUAAGAUCUCAAUGGGCACUAAUGAGAUGUUGGCUUAGACGAAAAAAAAAUAAUUGCUGUCGUACCCGCAGUGUCUCAGAUGCACGUCCAGCUCUUCCAACACAAUCAUUGGUUCAAAAUUUGCCUAUUAUCAAUCACCCAACUCAUUUAUCAGAUUCAAAUUCCGUGAGUUCCAGGCAUACUAGUGUGUCACCUAUGGCAAUAGCUCAUGUGCUAAAGACACCAGAACGUGAAUCACCAAAUAAAAAAACAAAUGUUAAUCUUGUGGUUCUCCAUCGUCAACAGUAUCGUUCUAAUAAUUCUGUUAAAACUUAUACGGAAUCAGCGCCCGUUAGCGUUGAAAUGUUUUACAAUCCCCAUCAAAGUGGUGUAGCUAGAAAAUUUUUUAAAAAACAACGUCGUCAUAAGCACAAUAAUUUAGGACCACGAAAACAGGGUGACGGUGGGGCUACAAGUGAUGGCGGAAGUUGUAUUUCAAUUCCACGUCCUGCUGUAUCGGGAGAUGGCCGCGAAAGAAUAGAAACUAUUUUUGGUAGUAGUGCUAAAGUUAAUAACACAAAUAUUCAUGUUGAAAUGAAUCCUGUAGCUGACGCUAAAAAUGUCAAUAUGCUUUCAGACAGUGGAAGUAUGUCUGAAGGUGUACGUUAUAUAAUUGGACAGGAAAUAGUACGUCAGGGAAGUAAAAAAGUAAAUAAUGAUAAUCCUGAACGUCGUAGAAUUGAACGAAUAGAAUUAGCUGGUGGAUUAAGUCCUCCUGAAUCAGAUGAAACACGAACAGAUGAAGAAAAACAUUUGCGUAAUGUUUCACAACAGUGUAGUUUAGAGUAUAGUUCAGAAGUUGAAUUAACAGCUGCAAUGACAAGUGAACGUAGUGAUCAUAAUUUACCUGAAAUUGGUGAGACUCCAGAGACUCCUGAAAAAAUAUCCGAUAAUUUUCGUUACUCUAGUUGUGGAGAAAUAAAUUCACAGGAUCAUCAAGAUGAUGACAAAAAUUUUAAUGCUGUGGAUCCAAGAUUUCGAGACCUAAAAACCUGUGAAAGACACUCGAGUUUAUAUGAUUUAGAUUUAGAAUGUCGUAGAUUGGAUCUUGAUAAGCAUGAAGCAACUUCUGUAAGUGGAAGUUCAUCAAGAUCAAGACAGAGACAAAAUUCAAGGCAUUCUGAUGCUGAUGGCAGUUUUAAAGAACUAUUCAGUGGUUCGCUGACAGACGUAAGAAUUCCGACAGGUUUUGGUAAAGAUUUCAGUUCUUUAACAGAUUUAGCAGCAAUUGAUGUUACGCUGGGAGCGACAAGGCAUUUAGAUAUGAAUGCAAGCAUUGGAGUUGACUAUGAGGAUACUAAUUACAGUACGUCUCAUUAUACAGAUGAUGCUGCCCUUGAUGAAGAAAUGUUAUUGGAUAAUCCAAUUAAGAAAGAAACUAGUGUUUAGAUUGUUUUAUUGUAGUGUAUUUGAUAAGUGAUGAAUAAGUAUUAAUAGCCCUAAGGUGAUAGAAAUUUUUUUUCUUUUUCAAUCGAACAAUUUUAUUAUAAUCUACUUUGAUUUUUUUUAUUUUUAUUAAGUACUUGAGUGUUUGCUUGAUAUCUAUAAGAAAAUAGUUUCUACAAAUUUUUAGACUGCGACGUUCUCGAUACAACAAAAUCAUGAAAACAAUAUGAUGUCUAUUGCGGUAGCACUGCCAUGAUAAAUACGCCUGGUUUCCGAUAAAUAAAAAAAUAGUCUUUCAUAAAUUUUUAAUAAAAAAUAAAAUUUCUUAUCAUA